AUGAGUCUGCUAAACUGUGAAAACAGCUGUGGGUCCAGCCAGCCUGACAGUGACUGCUGCGCUGCGAUGGCCAGCUCCUGUAGCACAGCAGCGAAAGACGACAGUGUGAGUGGAGCCACCAGCACAGGGAACCUCUCCAGCUCCUUCAUGGAGGAGAUCCAGGGGUACGACGUGGAGUUUGACCCACCCCUGGAAAGCAAGUAUGAAUGCCCCAUCUGCUUGAUGGCUUUACGGGAAGCAGUGCAAACACCAUGUGGCCAUAGGUUCUGCAAAGCCUGCAUCAUCAAAUCAAUAAGGGAUGCAGGUCACAAAUGUCCAGUCGACAAUGAAAUACUGCUGGAAAAUCAACUAUUUCCUGAUAAUUUUGCAAAACGAGAGAUUCUUUCUCUGACAGUGAAGUGUCCAAAUGCAGGUUGUUUACACAAGAUGGAGCUGAGGCAUCUCGAGGAUCACCAAGCACAUUGUGAGUUUGCCCUUAGGGACUGUCCCCAAUGCCAACGUCCCUUCCAAAAAUGCACACUUAAAGGUCACAUUCUCAAGGAAUGUCCAAGGAGACAGGUUUCUUGUGUGAACUGUGCUAUGUUAAUGGCAUAUGAAGAUAAAGAGAUCCAUGACCAGAACUGUCCUUUGGCAAAUGUCAUCUGUGAAUACUGCAAUACCAUGCUUAUCAGAGAACAGAUGCCUAACCAUUAUGACCUAGACUGUCCUACGGCCCCAAUUCCAUGUGCAUUCAGUACUUUCGGUUGCCAUGAAAAGAUGCAGAGGAAUCACUUGGCACGCCACCUGCAAGAGAAUACCCAGUCACACAUGAGAAUGUUGGCCCAGGCUGUUCAGAAUCUGAGCCUUGCUUUCCCUCCCGUGCCUCAGUGUGAUAUGCUUCCAUAUGAUCCUGCCUCUCUGUCCCGAAUGUCUUCUGGGUGUCAUCCUGAGGUCCAGAAUUUCCAAGAAACCAUUCAACAAUUAGAGGGUCGCCUUGUAAGACAAGAUCAUCAAAUCCGGGAGCUGACUGCUAAAAUGGAAACUCAGAGCAUGUACGUAAAUGAGCUCAAACGAACUAUUCGAACCCUUGAAGAAAAAGUUGCUGAAGUAGAAGCUCAGCAGUGCAAUGGGAUUUACAUCUGGAAGAUUGUCAACUUUGGCAUGCACUUGAAAUCCCAAGAGGAGGAGAAACCUGUUGUCAUUCACAGCCCCGGAUUCUACACUGGCAAGCCUGGUUACAAACUCUGCAUGCGCCUGCACCUUCAGCUGCCAACUGCCCAGCGCUGCGCAAACUAUAUCUCCCUCUUUGUCCACACAAUGCAGGGAGAGUAUGACAGCCACCUGCCUUGGCCCUUCCAGGGUACAAUACGCCUUACAAUUCUAGAUCAGUCUGAAACACCCAUCAGGCAAAACCAUGAAGAGAUCAUGGAUGCCAAACCAGAGCUGCUUGCCUUCCAGCGACCCACAAUCCCACGGAACCCAAAGGGUUUUGGCUAUGUGACUUUUAUGCACCUGGAAGCCCUAAAACAAAGAACCUUCAUUAAGGAUGAUACAUUACUGGUGCGCUGUGAGGUCUCCACACGAUUCGACAUGGGCAGCCUUCGGAGGGAAGGCUUUCAGCCACGAAGUACUGACACGGGGGUAUAG